CAUUCAUUACAAUGUUCCAAUUGGUGCUCUAUAUGCAUUUUCAUUGUGGCUUUCGAAUUCGGCUUACAUCUAGUUGAGUGUUUCAUUCAUUCAAAUGUUGAAGGCUUUGAUGCCUGAUGCUGUGUAUUCAAUUGGAGUCAUGUUUUGAGGCGAAACGAUGGCGAAUAUGAUGUCGAUUUCAUUUGGGGUUGCAAUUGCUGCUUAUGGUGAGGCGAAAUUUGAUGCUUGGGGUGUAACCCUACAAUUGGGGGCAGUUGCAUUUGAAGCUACUAGAUUGGUAAUGAUUCAGAUCUUGUUAACUUCAAAGGGUAUUAGUUUAAAUCCGAUUACAUUGCUUUAUUAUGUUGCUCCUUGUUGUUUGGUGUUUCUAUCAAUUCCUUGGAUGAUUGUAGAGUACCCAAUUCUAAGGGAUUCGUCGAGUUUUCAUCUAGAUUGGUUUAUAUUUGGGACGAAUUCUGUUUGUGCUUUUGCUUUGAAUCUUACUGUGUUCUUGCUUGUUGGGAAGACAUCGGCUUUGACUGUGAAUGUUGCUGGGGUUGUUAAAGAUUGGUUGUUGAUUGUUUUCGUGGUCUGUGAUUAAGGAUAUUGUUACCCCUAUCAAUUUGUUUGGAUAUGGGUUGGCAUUUGUGGGUGUUGGGUAAUACAAUCACUCUAAGUUGCAGGCAUUGAAGGGAGGAAGAAGAUGAAGAGGAAAGAAAAAAAAAAGGCUGAUUUAAGUGGUCACGUGCACAACACGUGACUAUUUUUGGCCAGAAAACGGAGGUCAACACCGGAGUUUGGUCAAAGGACCCUCCUCACAACCAAAACGUCAUAAAAGGAUCUUCUGUGCCACCUUUUUUUUAAAAAGCCAUUUCUCACAAGAUCGACCACUUAAAAGUACCUUCUUCGCAAUUUU